AUGAAACCCACAGAUACUGCCCUGGCUCGCUCUUAUGGCCUGCCAAAGGUGCAUAAACCAAACGUCCCAUUGCGGCUAAUCGUUGCCAUCAAAGGCAGCCCCACCUAUAAUUUGGCAAAAUGGAUGCAUUCAAAACUAAAAUUCCUCCAAGAAAACUCUGAUGCCUCAGUUCGUUCAGCCUCCGAAUUCCUGACAGACCUCCAUGGCCGAAGGAUUCAAUCGGACGAAAUGAUGGUUUCCUUUGACGUGACAUGA